AGUGAGUGAGUAACAGAGAGAGAUAGAGAUAGCAAUGGAUUCUGCUGUAGCUGUGUUUGGUGGAGCAACGCUCACUCCCUCCAUUUCUUCCUCACUCGCCACCAAUGUUCGCUUCUCCCACCUAUCUCUCCGCCGCCCUAGCCGCCGCACUUCCCAUCUCUCCGCCUUCCGCUCCACCUCUCAUCUCUUCACACACUCCUCGUCUCUCAACUGCUCCGCAAAACCCUACAUCUUCCUCCCCCACUUAGUUGCUUCUCUGGAAGUGGAAGAGACUUAUAUUAUGAUUAAGCCAGAUGGUGUUCAACGUGGACUGGUUGGAGAGAUAAUUUCCAGAUUUGAGAAGAAGGGGUUUAAAUUGACUGGAUUGAAACUAUUUGAAUGCCCCAAAGAGCUUGCAGAGGAGCAUUAUAAGGAUCUGAAGGAAAGAUCCUUUUUCCCUAAACUUAUCAGCUACAUUACAUCUGGUCCUGUUGUGUGUAUGGCAUGGGAGGGUGUGGGUGUCGUUGAGUCUGCGCGUAAGUUAAUUGGAGCAACGAAUCCUCUAAAUGCUAUGCCAGGCACCAUUAGAGGGGAUCUUGCUGUUCAAACUGGAAGGAAUGUGGUCCAUGGAAGUGAUAGUCCUGAGAAUGGCAUACGUGAACUAGCUUUGUGGUUCAAAGAAGGAGAACUAUGCAAAUGGACACCAACGAUAGACCCUUGGUUGAAUGAAAUCAAUGACUAGUGUUGUGCACGUUAUAGCUCUUCAGAUUGAGGCUCCCUAUCCUUCCACCUUAAUCAGAGUUGGUCAUUCAAUUUUUGUUAUUCUAACUUAUGAGGAAUGGUAAUAAACGGUUAAUUUACCGAGUGUAGCCACCUUUCUACUGCAAAGUUGAAAAUAAAUUGCUUCAUUCUUCA